GAUGGGAGGCGCACGAUACAUCAUGAACAAAGCGUGUGCCGUGACGAAUGCGACACAUUCUUCAGAGUUUGUCUAAACAAGCAAAACACGCAACAUGAUUCGUCGACUAGUCCUUGCAUGUACGGCGAGUUUACAACCGUCGUUCUAAGAAGAAGUUCGUUCUCUUUCACGAAGACUUCAUCGCCGAAUAAUGGAUUUCGCAAUCCGAUUUCUAUUCACCUCUCAAGCUUGUGGAGGGUAUGUCUAUGCCGUCUGUCCUUAGUUUAGAACCGUUCAGCCGGUGGUACGCAGCUCAAUUUUAGAGAAUGGCUCUUUUUCUUUGGUUAUUAGAAUAAUCUGGCACUUUGCCUUCCCGUUUAUAAGUUAAUUACCCAAUUGAGUCCUAUGAACGAUUUGUUUUAAACAUGGUCAGGGUUUCGGUGAAGGCCUCGGCGCCACACCUCUACCCGAUAGUCUCUUGAGUGCCCCCCCGCCCCUCCGCGAGAUAACUUAACGAACGCUAUUAAAAUUGUUUAUUGCAGGCUGCGUAUUCCUUAGUUUUGGAGGCAAGGGACGCAGACAAUUCGAGUAAGUUUUUGCCCGAAGGUUUCCAGUGGCUUGUUUGGCGCCUAGCUGGUAUUCACAGGCCGUCUGAAUGUUUAUGUUUAUGAAGCACUAACUAUUGUUCUCUACGCGGAAUAACUUAAUUUUGUCUAUGUUCAAUGUAAAUUUCUUGGAAACAAGGCAAGGAAUAUAAAUUGAACAUUAUAUCUUUAAUAACUUUCUCUAUAAUGUUUAGUGCAAAGGCAAUCAACAUUUAUUGAAUAUUAAGAGGCAAUUACUAGUAAGUUAUGAACAUAUAUUAUUGGCAUAAAAAUACGGUAUCCACCUUAUGAAGUUUCGUCAGGCAAAACAGUCCUUUCCGCCUCACAGCACUUUGACAUCCUUUCAAACAAUCUAUUUAUUUCGUUAUUUAAUCAUAAUUUUUAUUUGUUAUUCACAUAUUAGGUAACAGUGAAUUAAUCGACAGAGUUGUACAGAGAGGGACAUUACUUUCAAACUACGAAUGGGAAUCGCACGCAUAUAAUAGUUCUGUUGUCACCAUCAGCUACAAGAUCAGAGUGAUCUGUGAUGCUGACUAUUAUGGAAAUCGUUGUAAAAAAUUCUGUCGGGCCCGAAACGACAACUCUGGGCAUUACACAUGCGAUAAGAAUGGAAAUAAAGUAUGCUUAUCUGGUUGGAGAGGAGAUCGCUGCGAUACAGGUAUUAAAGUUUCAGCUUUAUGGUUGUAUGCCAUCUUCUAUAAAUAUAUUUAUAGCAAGUACCCUGCGGGCAGUGCCUGCCUUUGUCUUGUUGAGUGAGGAGGACAAAAUGACAUUUUUUGAGUGGUCGCCGCCCUGAAGCCUAUUUCCCUUUCGCACACGGUCUUUGCCAUGCCACCAUCGGUAACCAAGCCUUUAGUCAUGAUAGAUGUAAUUUAGUAUUUACCAAAUCAGUGAAUAGCGAUUUCCGCGCGUUUUGAUUGGCUCCCGUAACUCGGACUAUCCCUGGCUAUUCUCUGUUUUGCGACCGGAGCCAAGAUGGCGUCCAGUUUCGAGACAUUUCGGAAGACGGAAUUUGUGCGAUAAAUGAAGGAGUCGUACAAACAAAUACCAAGAAAGCGACAGACUUUGGCUUGUCGGUGUUCAUUGGUAGGUAGAAAAUUAUUUUCAUGCUGAAUUUGCAACAAAAUCGUAAUAUAUAGAUUUAGCCAGGGCUAAAAGGGUAGGUCCAGAAUAAUUUAAUGUAUAAUUUAAAUCAAACAAUAAACUUGUUUUCUCAGUCCACAAAUCAGUUGGAUGCUUUUCUCGAAUGGCUGGUUUACCAAAUUUUCUUAGCUACUACGGGGCUCCGCUCGCGCGCGCGAAGAUCUCCGCUAAAAUGCACUUGACAAAUCCCUGAAAUGUUUGUAAAUUGUAAACAAAGUUCCUACUAAGUGACGUUUUUAAUUUACAAAAAGUUCCUUUUUUUCAGUUUCAACUGAUUUGGUAAAUACUAAAACAACUAUCCCCCUCAGGGUCGGUGAACAGCGCUAGAUAUAUACCUCGACGGUUCGCGCCUCGGUAUAAUACCACCCACCACUAUUCACCUUCCCCUCGGGGGAUACUUUUAUAAUAUUCCCUGGGUUAAGUUACAAUAUAUAAGGCAAAUAAUACGUUUUUGAAUAGUCCUAGAAAGAACGACCUUGAAGCCUAAGGUGGAUUUACUUUAAUAGUUAGGAAAAUUGAAGGAUCACCUGUUAAUGAUGUAUCAGUUAAGAAAACUGUCUGUUAGUUUAGGUACAAAAAUUUUCCGUUUUCCGGAAUUUUGGCCGGUCGGUGUGGUAGUGUAGUAGUAAGAGAGAGGGUAAUCUCCCUAGCAGCCGUUUUUAACGUCGUCACGCAACGCUCCUCGCGUGACGACACGAAAACCGGCUGCGAGGGAGACUAAGAGAGAGGUAAGGAUACGAAAGGUACGAGAUCGACCCUGCGUUGUGAUCAUAGAAACACUCUCAAUAACAGGUCAAAAAUUAAGUUCUUAAAUAGGUCCUUAUUUUCUAAAGAAAAAAGUAUGGUUUAUUAGCUAUGAGUAUUUAGUGGUAUUCAGCUUAUUCCUCAAUAUAUAAAAUGUGCAUACUACAUAUAUUUAGUGUUUAUGUAAAAAUGACCAUGAGAAAAAGAACUGAAGCACUGACCUCGUGAAUUUUGAAGUGCUUUUGCCCGAGUGUUCAGAAUUGUUUUAAUGUAUAUUUUAAAAAAUAAGAACCUGUUUUUAAUUUUAGGCUAAACAGGUUCUUGUUUAGAGGGGGCCUUAAUGGCAAAUUUUAGCCUACCAGGUUCUUAAAAACCAGGCUCUUACUCGCGGAUUUGUACUGUACACAAUCUUGUUUCCUCUCAUACAACUUUGUUUUCCAAACGUUUUAGUAUCCAACCGCAUAGCUGUUAGACCUGAGUUGGAGUAUUCCAGCAACAAGUAGCACAUUUUCAACAAAGAUCUUAUUCAAUUCAUGCAGGGUCUUUCUCGAAUACGCCAAAAUUGAGAAAGUAAAAGACAGGCUCUCUUGCAGGGUAUCUUACAAGUUGAACGUCCUUGAUUCUGCGAUCCGAUCCUUUUCUUUUUUCAUUGGUAUGGAGUUUCUUUUAAUAACUUGUGAUGAUCAUAACAAGUUGAACAAACUCCAGAAGAAAAAAGAGUCGAUCGUUUUGUGCUGCUGAAAAGCAAAGGAGGCCAGUUGCUAAAUACAACCCAACCCGAUAUAAUAAUGACCGCAGCAGGAUUAGCUCAGUCGGUAGAGCGGUUGACAGCUACCAGAGCGGGAGGUUGCGUGUUCAAUUCCCGAGGCCGGACCAAUACUCAGAAUCUCAAAAUAACUGAAGGUACCGGCUUCCCUUGCCCCCUAAGACCUUUUGCGCCGCUCGGAUGAGCACGGGAAAUGGCGGUCCCGUCUUCAGUAGCUAGGAGACGUAACAACAGUGUCCACAAUUAGUACUUUAGUACUACAUAUGUUGAUACUCAAAUAGAGUGCAUUUUUUCCAAUUGAUAAUUUAGAUUAGAUACUCUGAUUUACUGACCUUUCAAGUCACUAUAAAAAUUCCUUCCCAUAUAGGAGAUCCACCCACAUUUUCUGAUCCAGAUACCUUAAAAAGAGCUUUCAAAGCAUGGCCAGCAAGUCACUCAGUCAUGUUAACGUGUAAGGCAAUGGGAGCAGCACCUCUUAAAUACACCUGGCUUAAAGACGGGAAGAUUUUAAGAGGGAGAAGGUUGGACCCAUACCUGAACACUUCAAUUUGGUACUUGAAACUAAUAGACCUAAUACCUGGAGACGCUGGGAAGUACACUUGUAUAGUGUCCAAUCCAUAUGGCAGUAUAAACCAUACAUACUCGGUCAGGGUUCUGGGUGAGUACAUGAGACAGUGAGGAGAGGAUGGUCUAAUCUUUAUCUAGUUUUCUUAUUUUCUUGGAAUCAUUUCAUGUAGGCCGCAUAGGGCUAACUCUCGUCAUCUUUCUAAUAGCUAAACCACAAACAAGACCCAUUUUGCGGAAAGAUCUUCCAAGGAACGAAAGUGCACAGGUUGGAGAAAGUGUAACGAUGAAAUGCCUUGUGGUUGUAAGUGGGACACUUCCGGAUUUUAGAUGGCUGAAAUGGGACAAGUCUAUCACAUUUGUGUCAAACAUGGAGGAUAACUUGGAAGAUGGAGCAUUUCAGGUGAUAGAUCUAAAGUAUUACAGGACUAUCCAACGAGAUGACAGUUAUGAAUCCGAGUUGAAAAUUAGUAAUGUGACAGAAGAAGAUUUUGGACUUUACACCUGUUACGCGAGCAAUCAAUUCGGAGCAGAAUACAACAGCGCAUUCCUUAGCAGAUAUGUGAGACCCACAAGAGCGUUGCCAAGUGACAGAGGUAAGGCCAUUAAAGGGGCCAUGUCAGACUAUUUGCUGUCUUUUUUAGAAGCAAAUCGUUUCUCGCAUCAAUUGAAUUUCAAAAAAAAUGGUCUAGUUUUGUUAUUUACGACCAUAUUUAGCCAUCGAAACUGUUUCCUGUCGUCUGUUGCAACGGAUGGAAAGGAUGGACAUGGAUUAAUACUUUAAAAAUUUGGGCCAACCUCUUCAAGUUUGAUGCAAUGCCUGCAAAAAAUCACCAAUUAUUAAAACAAUUAUGGUGGUUAGUGCUUCUUUACGAAAAUUGUUCGAUAUCUUCUUUGCAGUUGUACGGAUCAUUUGUGUAUGGUUAUCCCUUUUGUGACUGCCAGAGAGUAGCGAAAAAACUGCAUUUCUUACCACUUCCUAAUGUUUCAACUGGUUUUCGGCCAAAAUAAACAUGGGAAUGGCUAAAAUGGGUUUUGCAACAAAAAGAGCAUAUUUUCCCACUAAUCGGAUUUAAUUUUAAUUAACUUUAAUUAACUUUAAUUUUAAUUAAAUUAAGAAAAAAAAUAGCUGCUUAAAAGCAGCUAUUUUUCUUUUCUCGCUCUCUUUUUUUCCUUUGUCUAGUUUUCUUAAUAAGCAGCUGUUUUGUGGCUCACUCUAUCGUCUUUCUUUCGCAUGGAAUUGUGGCUAGCUAACUCUUUAGGAAGGGGGCAAAUUUAAUCUUCAAAGAGUAGUAGCAAGGUAAAAGCAGUGGAUUUUCCCCAAAAUCUUACUUUUUUUGUGAGUGUAACAUUGUAUAGUAAGGAUUGGUCAGAAUAUCCAAAACGAGGUAUCGGUGGAAAUGUAUAUCUUUGCUCACAUUGUUGCUUGGCAACUUAUUAGCUUAAACUGAACGCUAAAUGGGUCCAGGAAGGAGCAUAUGCAUCGUUUCAUAUGGAACGAAAACGACCAAAGCAGUCGUCAAAGUGUUAAAGGAACUAAGAAAUUACCAAACAAAUUUCAUAAGAACGAAACAAUUUUUUUUUCCAGUCUUGCUAACAAAUCACCAGUACUUCCUCCUCCUUGGGCGGUGGUUUGUUAUCGUGAAUACCUCACCUCACCAGAGAAACAUCUGCUAUGGCUUUGAGUAGAAUCUAAACUGGAUAUGCCGUUUAAAAGCUCUUACAACUUGAAAUGACGUUGAUGUUUUCCAAUUGAGACCCAACUAUAAAUCUGGAAAAAUUUCAACUUGUAGUCCCACGGCAUUAGAAUUAGAAGCAACCUAUGGUGGGUUGCUUAAAGCUUUAUCCACCGAGUAUAUAUUACGUUACUUAAUUUUUAUAUAACUAGGUUUUAUUUUAUUUUAAAACAGUCCUCGGGCAAGGAAAUAUCUCAAAGAACAACACAAACACCUCCUGAAACUUGGGCGGUUAGCAAGAAAUGUUUUUGUGUGUGUGUGUGUGCAGAAUAACUACAUAAUCAAAUGUUGUCACUGAAUUUCAUCCAGAGACAGAAGAAAAGAAUUUAUAAGUUUACAUAUGAAUUCGAGAAUGUUAGUUUGUUUUAAACCCGCUUUCUGCUGUGUUUGUUUUAUCCAUUAGCAAACCCUCUUGAGCCAAAAGGCACUGGUAGUGAAUCAGACGAUCCCGUGAUUAUGGACCAGGUCUCCUGGAUCUUGCUCGGCGUUUCAAUAGCCGUGUUUGCUGCUAUGGUAACAGCAUCUGUUUGGUUAUGCAUGAAAAUGAGGAAGCUGAAAAAGAGAUCUAGAGCCAAUGCGAGGACCAGUUCCUCCCAUGACAUCGGGUCUCUUCGACCAAGAUAUGACGUGCUGAAUGAGUACGUGGUGCUACCAGACCUCAAUUAG